AUGUCUGCGGAUUUUUGGAAUUCAACUCAAAGGACGAAGUGGCAACUCACUCGAUACCUGUUGUUUGAGAAUCGUAGGAAAUUGUUACUCUUAGAGCGUAAAAUGAUUCACAAUGGAAUUAUCAAAGAUGCACCGGGGAUCGUCUAUGAUGCCAACAUGAGAAUAUAUUUACAUAAUUUGCUUGUAAAAUUAGGAAGAAGAUUGAAUAUCCGACAGAUUGCUCUUGCUACUGCAGAAGUCUAUCUUACAAGAUUCCUCACCAAAGUCUCAUUAAAGGAAAUCAACUUAUAUCUAUUGGUUACGACUUGCUUAUAUGUAGCUUGUAAAAUUGAGGAGUGUCCACAACAUAUAAGAGUAAUAACUUCAGAAGCGAGAAAUUUAUGGCCCGAGUAUAUCCCCCAGGACAUCACCAAAGUUGCAGAAUUUGAAUUUUACUUAAUAGAAGAAAUGGAUCUGUACUUAGUGAUACAUCACCCAUAUAAAUCUUUGCUACAAUUGAGAGAUUUUUUUACUCUGGUAAACCCGCAGUAUAUGGGAGGAGGAUUCUUGUUGACCAGUGAAGAACUACAGAAUUCUUGGUCAAUUAUAAAUGACAGCUACAUCACUGAUGCACAUUUGUUGUUUCCACCACAUGUUAUUGCUAUAACUGCAGUUUAUAUUACGGUUGUGCUAAACCAACAGAAUAAGCAUGGGAAUGAUGGAGUAGGGGUUGGCUCUACAGGGGGUAGUAACAGUGCUGGCUCACAACAAACAUCUAUUUCCAAUGAGAAGGCAGAUAUUCAACUAGAUGAUCUUUUAUCGCUAACAUACUCACUUCCAAAUGAAAAUGGUGACAAUGGAAGUAAUACUGGGAAUAACAUUGGAAACAAUUCUAACAAUGGGGAUAGAGUACCGAAAAGUGGAGAAAUAAAUAGUGGUGCUAACGGUGCUAACGGUGGAAUGGAUCAUCUAGUGAGGAUUGACCAAUUUCGAGAAUUUUUGGCAAGAUCGCAUAUCAAUCUUGAUGAGGUUGUAGAAGUACUUCAAGAUAUGGUGAACUUGUAUGCUAUUUGGAAUAGAUACAACGAGUCGCAGGUAAAGAGAGCAUUAAGCUUUCAGUUGUUAAAUAGGUAA